CUGCCACGUAGUCUUGCAAACGGCAGCUGUCAACGUGUUGUAAAGACGUCAUUUUUAAGCGCUUUUCCAGCGAGCGCUUCACCGUCUGGCACUAUGGUAAAGGGGAAGCUGUAUGGUAACAAAGACAGCUUCAGGACUCAGAAAGUCCUAAUUGCUGCCAAACUUGGCAAAGCUGAAGUUCAGUUGGCCGGAGAGCAUCCGCCACAUGACAAGUUCCCACUUGGAGUGGUCCCAGCCUACGAGGGUGAUGUCAAUCUCUUUGGUGCUGAGUCUAUUGCCAUUCAUCUAGCUUGUGCUAACGGAUGCGCCAAGAACUGUCCCGAAAUCGUUCAAUGGCUCCAAUGGGCUGAAGGUCACCUCCUACCCACAGUUCUCGGUUACGUCUUGCCUUCCGUAUCGGCAGCUAACCUUGACAAGAAGGUUGUUGACACAUACAAGGCGGAGCUCCUGGCUCAGCUACAACACCUUGAUGAGGCCCUUCUCACCAAGACAUACCUCGUUGGGGAGCGCCUGUCUUUGGCGGAUAUCUCCGUUGCCUUGGAUCUCCUACCUGCCUACCAGCAUGUCUUUGAUGCACCUACCCGUAAGAAGAUUGGGAACGUGACGAGAUGGUUCCAAACUGUUUUGCAUCAACCUGCCGUCAAGGAGGUACUUGGCGAUGUUCAUCUUUGCGAUAAGGCUUCACAGUUUAACCAAGCUAAGUUUAACGAGUUCUCAUCUAAGCACGCUCCCAAGCCAGAAAAGAAGAAGGAAGAGAAGAAGAAGGAUCACCCUAAGCCAGCUCCCAAAGCCAAAGAACCAGAAGAUGACGCUGAGGAAGGAAUGACCGUUGAGAAGUCGAAGGACCCAUUUGCGGACAUGCCAAAGAGUACCUUUGUGAUGGACACCUUCAAGCGAGUCUACUCCAACGAAGACACCGCGACGAAGGCCAUUCCUUACUUCUGGGACAACUUCGAUGCUGAACAUAAUUCGAUCUGGUAUUGCGAAUACAAGUACCCCACCGAGCUCACCCUAACCUUCAUGAGCUGUAACCUUAUCUCGGGAAUGUAUCAGCGACUGGAAAAGCUCAAGAAAAAUGCUUUCGCUUCAAUGAUUUUGUUUGGAACUGAUAACAACUCGACAAUCAGCGGCAUCUGGGUAUGGAGAGGCCACGAACUCGCAUUUACUUUGUCUCCGGAUUGGCAGGUUGAUUACGAGUCGUACGAUUGGAAGAAGCUCGACCCUAAGGACGAAAAGACAAAGAAGCUCGUAAAUGAAUACCUUAUGUGGGAGGGUGACUUUGAUGGAAAGAAGUUCAACCAAGGGAAGAUUUUCAAGUAAAUCAUUGAAGUUGACAUAUAAUUGUUGCGUUGUUGUUUUGUAGAGAUAAAUAUCGUCCCGGUUUCAAAUAAUAAUCUUUCU